AUGUGUCCGGCCUCCCCGUGCCGCUCCUUCUCCCCGCUCGCCCUGUCGUUAGAUGGCGCUGGGAGGCCGGUAACGGGCAGCAGCGAGGGGCAGAGUGGGGACGGAGCAGUGACCCGGCACCUCGGGGGUUCAUCCCCGCUGCGGUGGAGAGAGGGACAGCCUGGCAGGGCAGCCCCCUCGCCCUCCCCUGUCCCAGGCAGCCGCAGGAGCAGCUCCGAAGCCAGCUCCCGCAGCGGGGAAGGUUCAUGUGAACCUCCCUGCUCUGACGAGUUAGGGCUCAGCUUGGCUUCAGCGAGGCUGCACGAAGCUGCUGGAGACGAGCAUCUGGGCCGGGCUGAGCGCGGCUGCGGGCGCCUGUUCCGCCGUGCCCGGCCCCUCGCUGCGGGAGUCGCUCGGUUGCGGCACCGGCCGGAGCCCGGCGAGCGCCGGCGCUGCGCUGGAACAGAUGGCUCCGGGGCUGCUGAGCUCAGCGCUUUGGCUGAGCAACAAGCAUCGGCUCCUGCCUGCGCCCUCCCCUCGCCGCUCACUCUCCUGGGCAUCUCGCACCUCGCAGUGCUCUCCUCUCCACCUCCAGCCCCGAGAGGGGAUGGCAAACUGGGGAGGGCUGCCCGCCUCCCUCUCCCCGUCCCUCCGCCCCCUCCCUGGGGCUGGCGGCCAGCCCCGAAGUUGCGGCGAGGCGGGAGGACACGCGUCCUGUCCUUCCACCGCCCCCGUGUCCCCCUCCCUCUCCCCGCCCCAUCCCCGCAGCCCUCCCCGGCUCCGCCGUCCGGUGCCGGUUGUCCGGUGGGAGAUGGCUGCCGGGGCCCGGCGACCGCCGAGACACCUGCUGCCACCGGGCCCCCCCCGCGCGGCCGCUCCGCUCCCGCGCCCCCCUUCCCCCGCUCCCGCCGCUGCCUCCCGCCGCCGCCGCAGAGCCGCCGCCGCCAAGGACGAGCCGGGACCGACGGCGACCGCCGGAUCCCCCCGGCCGGGACCGAUCCCGCCCCUGGGGACUGUCCCGGAGGAGGAGGAGGAGAGGGCUGGGAAGAGCGCAGCCGCCGGUGGGACGCGCAGCCCCGCCGGAGCCGCGGGGGAUGUAGGCACCGGGCAGCGGCGGUCCCGGACGUGGCGGUGGACAUGGGCAGAGCGCCGGCGCACGCUCUGCUGCUGUCGCUGCUGCUGGGCUGCUCGGCUGCCUUCACACACCUCCUGCUGCCGGGCCCCGAGGAGCCCGUGGUCAACGUGGCCGUGGUGUUUGGGGGCACGUCCUACCCCCUGCACAUCCGCUCCCGCCUGAGUCCACAGAGCUUCCUGGACAUGCCCCUGGAGAUCCACCCCAUCACCGUGGUCGUCAACAACACCAACCCCAGCACCCUCCUCACCCAGAUCUGCCACAUCCUCAGCAGCCACAAGAUCCACGGCAUCGUCUUCGAGGACAACGUUGGCACAGAGGCCGUGGCCCAGAUCCUUGACUUCAUCUCCUCCCAGACCCAGGUCCCCGUCAUCAGCAUCAGCGGCGGAUCUGCCGUGGUCCUGACCCCCAAGGAGCCUGGCUCAGCUUUCCUGCAGUUGGGUGUCUCCAUCGAGCAGCAAAUCCAAGUGAUCUUCAAGGUGCUGGAGGAAUACGACUGGGGUUCCUUCACCGUCAUCACCAGCCUCUACCCAGGCUACAACAUCUUCCUGGACGUCAUCCGCUCCUUCACAGACGCCAGCUACUUCGGCUGGGAGCUGCAGGAGGUGCUCACCUUCGAGAUGAGCCAGGAGCAGAGCAGCUCCAGGACGCAGCGGCUCCUGCGCCAGAUCGAUGCCCAAGUCCUCAUCGUCUACUGCUCCCGGGAGGAGGCCGAGUACCUGUUUGCCAUGGCGGAGCAGGCCGGCCUCGUGGGGCCUGGCUACGUCUGGAUCGUGCCCAGCCUGACGGUGGGCAACAUGGAGGUGCCCCCUGCCUCCUUCCCCGUCGGCCUCAUCAGCGUGGUGACGGAGAGCUGGAAGCUGAGCCUGCGGCAGAAGGUGCGGGACGGCGUGGCCAUCGUCGCCAUGGGGGCCGCCAGCUUCUUCCGGGCCCACGGCUACCUGCCGGCGGUGGGCCGGGGCUGCUGGGCCCCCGCCGGGGCCGCUGCCAAUGCCACCUUCUACCGGCACCUCCUCAACGUGACGUGGGAGCACAGGGACUUCUCCUUCAAUGAAGGUGGCUACCUGAUCAGGCCCACCAUGGUUGUGAUCUCGCUCAACCAGCACCGGCUCUGGGAGAUGGUGGGCAAGUGGGAGAAAGGCAUCAUCCACAUGAAGUACCCGGUGUGGCCCCGCUACGGCUCCUUCCUGCAGCCCGUGGCCGACAACCGGCACCUGACGGUGGCCACGCUGGAGGAGAGACCCUUUGUCAUCGUGGAGAACACGGACCCCAGCACCGGCGUCUGCGUGCGCAACACCGUGCCCUGCCGCAAGCAGACCAACUCCUCCCAGAGUGGUGACGGCCUCGUGGAUCCCUACACCAAGCUGUGCUGCAAGGGCUUCUGCAUCGACAUCCUGAAGAAGUUGGCCAAGGCGGUCAAGUUCUCCUAUGAUCUCUACCUAGUGACCAAUGGCAAACAUGGCAAGAUCGUCCGUGGGGUCUGGAACGGCAUGAUUGGUGAGGUGUACUACAAGCGGGCAGACAUGGCCAUCGGCUCCCUCACCAUCAACGAGGAGCGCUCCGAGAUCGUGGACUUCUCCGUGCCCUUCGUGGAGACCGGCAUCAGCGUCAUGGUGGCCAGGAGCAACGGCACCGUCUCCCCCUCUGCCUUCCUGGAGCCUUACAGUCCGGCCGUGUGGGUGAUGAUGUUCGUGAUGUGCCUCACCGUGGUGGCUGUCACCGUCUUCGUGUUCGAGUAUUUCAGCCCCGUUGGCUACAACCAGAACCUCACCAGUGGCAAGAGGCCGGGAGGUCCCUCCUUCACCAUCGGCAAGUCGGUGUGGUUGCUGUGGGCUCUGGUCUUCAACAACUCGGUGCCCAUCGAGAACCCCAAGGGCACCACCAGCAAGAUCAUGGUGCUCAUCUGGGCCUUCUUCGCCGUCAUCUUCCUCGCCAGCUACACCGCCAACCUGGCAGCCUUCAUGAUCCAGGAGCAGUACAUCGACACCGUGUCGGGGCUGAGUGACAGGAAGUUUCAGAAGCCACAGGAGCAGUAUCCCCCGUUCCGCUUCGGCACCGUCCCCAACGGCAGCACCGAGAGGAACAUCCGCAGCAACUACCCCGACAUGCACACCCACAUGGUGAAGUACAACCAGCGCUCCGUGGAGGAUGCCCUCACCAGCCUCAAAACGGGGAAGCUGGACGCCUUCAUCUACGACGCGGCGGUGCUCAACUACAUGGCGGGCAAGGACGAGGGCUGCAAGCUGGUGACCAUCGGCAGCGGGAAGGUGUUCGCCACCACGGGCUACGGCAUCGCCCUGCAGAAGGACUCGCGCUGGAAGAGAGCCAUCGACCUGGCCCUGCUCCAGUUCCUGGGAGAUGGUGAGACCCAGAAGCUGGAGACAGUUUGGCUGUCGGGGAUCUGCCAGAAUGAGAAGAAUGAGGUGAUGAGCAGCAAGCUGGACAUCGACAACAUGGCUGGGGUUUUCUACAUGCUGCUGGUGGCCAUGGGGCUGAGCCUGCUGGUCUUUGCCUGGGAGCACCUCGUCUACUGGAAGCUGCGUCACUCUGUCCCCAAGUCCCACAAGCUUGACUUCCUCCUGGCCAUCAGCAGGGGCAUCUACAGCUGCUUCAGUGGGGUGCAGACGAUGGCGAGCCCCAGGCGGGCGCCCACCCCCGACGUCACCGCCAACUCGGCUCAGGCCAACGUGCUGAAGAUGCUGCAGGCGGCCAAGGACAUGGUGUCGACGGCCAGCGUGGGGGGCUCGCUGGAGCAGGCCACCCGCACCAUCGAGGACUGGAGCAGCCGCAGCGAGCGGCUCCACACCACCUUCUCCCUCAGGACACCUCAGCUCGUGGUGCAGAACAGCACCGGCGCCCACCGGGCCCCCUCCUCCGGCCCGGCCCCUGCUGACAGGCUGGGGAGAGCCUUCACUCCCAAGGGUGCUCCCCUGGGGCUGCCCCUGCCCCAGCCCAUCCCCAUGGACUCCCGGCUGCCGGGAGAGGAGAAGUGGAGAGGGGCGAACGAGCAUGUCCCCCGCCUCCUCCACCCCCUCAAGUUUCGGGGUGGCUGUGAGGGGGAUGAAGCGCUCCCGGCUUUCCCUCACCUCCUGGUGAAGACCUCAGUGAGGGAGGAUUGUGGGGAGCAGGUGUUGGUAGGGAACCACGUCGGGGCUCCCCACCCACCCCCCACAUCCCCCAGGGACCUCCCGCCGCCGGACAUCUACCGGGAGCACAAGCGGCCGCCGGGGUGGGGGGAACGGCUGCCAAACACCCCCCUGCUCCCGGGGGCCGGGGGCCACGGGGGCUCAGGGACCCUGCCCCGGCUGCUGUCAGCGGCAGACAAGAGGCGGGAGGCGGGCAGCCCCUUCCUGCCUCCAUCUUGCCCUCGUGGAGCCUUCCCCAAAGCCAGCAGGACUUGCAGAGCCAGGGCCGAGGCGGCCGGGCCGGGGGCUGCGCUGCCCGAGCAGGAGCAGCCGGGGCAGCGGCUGAGCUCGGCGCGGGGCCCCGGGGAGCGGGCGGAGAAGAGGCCUCCCGGGGGCCCGCGGCUCUGCGGGGCCGCCCGCGCCCACCUGCCCGACCUCUUCCCCGAAGCCGAGACCCCCUACGGCUGCGGCCCCCGCUGUGCCCAGCCCACGGGCCGGCUGGCCCCGCGCUCGCCCGCGGCCAGGCUGCCAUCGUACGGCGAGGCCUGCCGGCAGAACCCCCGCGGCGCCGCCCCCGCCCCGGCCUGCGCGGCCUCCGCCUGCCUCAACGCCUGGGGCCCGUGGCCGCCGUGGCGGGGCUGCCCGCCGCCGCGGGAGCCGCGCGGGGGGCCGGCGGGCUGCGGGGCCGGGCGCCGGGCCGGCGGCUGCGGGGACUGCGGGGGGCGCGGGGACAAGGCCCCGCUGCGGGCGGCGGGCACCCACAGGAGCGCCCCGCGGGGCAGCCGCGGCGGGACGAGCCCCUGUGCCGGCGGGUCCUGGCGACGGGUCUCCAGCCUGGAGUCGGAGGUGUGA